AAAACUCCGCCUCCAAAAAUUACCGAAAUGUCCGCAAAGUAUCACGUGUGUGUCACUCCGUGUUACUUUAUGGUUGUCCAGCCAGCCCUCAACACGUGCAUUGUAUUUCUAAUCUAAUCUGCUCUGGAUUAUUUUCUAGCCAUUCCCGGUUUGAUGUAGGAGCAGGGCUGGUUCGCUGCUCGCCUUUUAAAAAUCAUUUUAACCGCUUUUCACCUCCUCCGGAGUAACUGCUCCGCAUUUGUCCCGAAUCAGCGGACAUGCUAGCAGCUUAGCGGCGGAGCUAGCGGGUCUGCAGCCAGGGACAAUGGAGGAGUCCGGGAUCAAGAAGCAGAACUGGGACGUGAGGGAGACCGAACUGUUUCUGGAAAUCCUCAAGGACCUGGACAUGAAGAAGUGCUUGGACGGGAGGAAAGUGCGCAACAACAAACUGUUUAAGGUGGCCCACAGGAGAAUGAUGGCGGCUGGCUACCACCGAUCGGUGGACCAGCUGAAGUUCCGCUGGAAACUUCUCAAAAGUGCUUAUUACAAGUGCAAGCGGGAGUCGGACUCGCCGGCCGCCACCAAAAUGCAGGGCUGGCUGCGCUACGAGAAGGCGAUGAUCGCGAUCAUGGAGUCCAGGCACCCGCUGGUGGGAGCCGGGGUCCACUCGGACAGAACCGACGAGCAGACGGAGGACUCUGACGGAGAGGCGUCCAUGCUGCCCUGGCCGCAGCCCUGUCCGGACAACAGCACCCACAACCUGGAGCUAAUAGUGAAACUGGACCCGGACAUGGAUUCGCAGCUGAAAACGGGCUUCAUUGGAGCCGGGAACAUGGCUUUUGGAAUUGCUAAGGGCAUGCUGUCUGGAAACGUUCUUCCUUCAAAUAUCAAAGUGAGUGCACCGUCUUCCAGGAAUCUGGGGCGCUUCCAGGAGCUUGGUGUUGCUGUAACUCACUCAAACACAGAGGUGGUGUGUGAUUCAGAUUUGGUCUUCAUCACAGUCAAGCCUCACCUGGUCCCUCGAGUUCUCAGUCAGAUCUCGCCACACAUCACAGACAGACACAUCGUUGUGUCUGUGGCGGCAGGAGUCACCAUAGCAACACUAGAGGAGCUCCUUCCAGAGAACUCCAUCGUGAUCCGACUGAUGCCAAAUCUCCCGUGUGUGGUCCAGGAGGGGGCCCUGCUGUUUGCGCGGGGAUCCCACGCAAAGCCAGAGGAUGGCGCUCUGCUGCGCUCGUUGUUACACUGCUGUGGUCUGGUGGAGGAGGGACCUGAGGCCUGGAUCGACAUCCACACGGGUCUGAGUGGGAGCGGCGUUGCUUUCGUGUAUCUUUUUGCAGAGGCGUUGGCCGAAGGAGCCGUUAAAAUGGGAAUGCCGAGCGCUCUGGCUCACAGCAUCGCAUCCCAAACUGUCCUGGGUGCUGGACGACUAUUACGGGAUUCAGGGAGACACCCAGCUCAGCUCCGCUCAGAGGUCUGCACACCAGGAGGAACGACCAUCUAUGGACUUCACACGCUGGAGCAGGGCGGCGUGAGGGCGUCCACCAUGAGCGCCGUGGAGUCGGCCACCGAGAGAGCCAGGGAGCUCGGGCGAAUGUCUGCAGCGGGGAGCGCCAAGUGAUGCCAGCUCUGCAACCUGCCUUUAAAGACUUCUAACUGAACUUUGAUUCAAGAGGAAAGCCUGACGAGCCUUCUUUGCUCUGCAGAAACCUCAAGAACGAAGAAAGAAGACGAUAGCAGCUUCAGGAUUUCAUAUGGAAAUGCUGCUUUCUGUUUUCCAUACACACUACCAAUCUAGAGUUUAUAAUUUAAGAGGUUACAUGGUGCAAAACUUGACUUUUCACCUAGCUGUGGAUUAUUACAAUAAAUUAAAUCAAACAUUAA